AUGGCGACGGUUGGACCGACGCAUGAGUUUCGCACAGCAGAGGAGCCCCGAGAACAAGGCUUGCAUGCCGUGAUUGUAGCGAACAUCAAGGAAGUCAAUGACAACGUUCGAUUGUUGAGGCUGUUUCCAGUCAUCAACCGUACAAUCAAGUUCACACCUGGUCAAUGGGUGGACACUUUCGUUCCAGGAAUACCAAGCGCAGGAGGGUUUACUCUUACGUCAAUUCCACAACAAGCUGUAGCCUCCGACACAUCACCUCCUUACCUAGAGCUUGCAGUUCAAAAGUCAAGAAAUCCACCCAGCAAAUGGCUCUGGCAACCCAGCGAAGACAUUAUUGGCAGUCAAAUUGUCGUCAGAGUUGGUGGCAGCUUCACUUGGCCGCCUCCCCAUCUCGAUGUCCAGAAGAUCGAUAGAUUAGUACUCAUCGCUGGGGGCGUUGGUAUCAACCCUCUCAUCUCGAUCUUCACGCACCUCAUGAGAAGUUCCAGCAGACCAAAGGAAGUUCACUUUCUGUAUGCAACGAAAUCCGAACCGGACCUUGAUCCUCAAAAGAUCCUGUUCUUGCCCCGACUCAUGGACAUCGUUUCUAUGGCGGAAGAUUCCAAUGUCACGUUGAGCCUGUUCGUAACAGGCACCGACUCAGAAGGAGCCAUUGAGCAUGGGAAACUGCCAAAUCGGACUUUUGGCCGACGAAUCGCUGAAGAGGAUGUCGUAAGAGCGAUCGAUGGGUACAAAUCGCGACCAGCUGAUGUCGAAGGCCACCGUGCAUCGACAUUGAGCUACGUCUGCGGUCCGCCUCAGAUGACGGAUCAUUUCGUGAAGCUCUUGAAGAGUCAGCCAGGGAUGUCCGAAGACCGGGUCCUCUGCGAGAAGUGGUGGUAA